GAUUGACGAUAUUAAUAGCCAAAAUUUAGCUAAAAUUUAGUAAUUAGUGUCACUAUAGAGUAAUUAGGGUCUGAAAUGGGGAUAAUUUAUGUGGAUUUAGUAGCCGGGGGGAAAUGCAGGUGUUCAAUACGCAUGUCAAAGGCAAGGCGUUGUUAUUGUUAUCCCUUUUAUUUGUAUUGAUCGUGUCUGUGGCUUAUUUUCCACGAUGUUUGAUUUGAACGUGAUUUGUUUACGUGGUGUAAAUGGGGAUAAUUUAUGUGGAUUCAGUAGCCGGGGUGAAAUGGGGAUAAUUUAUGCGGAUUUAGUAACCGGGGGCAAAUGCAGAUGUUCAAUACGCAUUUCAAAGGCAAGGCGUUGUUAUUGUUAUCCCUUUUAUUUGUAUUGAUCGUGUCUAUGGCUUAUUGUGCAAAUGGGGGUCAUUUAUGUGGAUUCAGUAGCCGAGGUGAAAUGGGGAUAAUUAAUGUGAAAUGCAGUGUUCAAUGCAUUGCCUAUGACUUAUUUUUCAUGAUGUUUGAUUUGUACGUGAUUUGUUUGCGUGGUUUGUUUAAGCAUAGAAAAUGCAGGUGUGUAAUAUUUUUAGGGGAUGAUUGUGUGUAAUGUUUAAGACGAACUGUAUUAAGAUGAUCUUUUGACCGGGUGAUGCAGGUGGUUAUGUGUGUGUGUGAUGGUGCCUAUGACUUAUUAACCACGGGGGCAUUCUAUUGCAGUUAAUAUCGUGUAGUGAGUUAUUGCACGCAUAUUUUAGGGGAUGUUUGUGUGUGUGUUGUUUGAGACGCACUCAGUGUCGAGAUGACAUUUUUUUAGGAUGGCGCCUAAUUUCUUUACAUUACAAAUGUGUGUUUGAAUUAUGAUUUUUUUUUUUUAUUUGGAAUUUCCUUACUAACAAUUUGUGUAUUAUAUUUGACUUAUGAAUUAAUUAUCAAUAAAUUCGGAAAAAGGUUGACAAUUAUUCUAAAAAUAUUGUUUGAGUGAUAGAAUCUUGAUAUUCGUCAAGUGUAAGAUGAAUUUAUUGGUGACAACCAAGGGUUUCUAUAAUGUAUGCAGGUGUUAGUAUUGAGACAUACUUAAGGCUAAUUUUUUGUUCUAGGGAAUUUUUAAGAUGUUGUGUUUGGGUAAAAUAAUAUUCUUAUAGAAGACAGUCAAAAUUCCCGCGGUGUAAACCAUUGUUGUAUCAGCAUCGAUGUUUUGUGAAAAGUCUGUUUCUCAUAUUCACUUUCUGUUGAGACUUCGACUAUAAAGUAUCAAAAUUUUUUUUUUACGCGUGAAAAAAAAGAAAAACCUUUUUAAAAUGGAAUCCGGAAAAUUUGUAUGCAAACUCUGCUCAAAGAAAUCAGCUAGCCCUUCAGCUUAUAAAAAACAUCUAGAAACGCACAAAAUGUGCAAUAUUUGCAAGAAAUUUUUAUUGCAUUCCGCAGCUCUUAAGCUUCAUUAUGCUGUGGAACAUUCUGAGCAAGGAACGAAACCACAGCAAAAAGAAAGAAAUUUUUGGGAAUAUGAGGAACAACAGAAUCAGUUUCGCAAUGAGAUGAGCAUUUGGGUGCAGCAUCACCUUAAUAAUAAUUCACCAAUGUCGAACGAACAAGACAUUCCACAGGAAUAUAAUAAUCAAGACCACAAUCAGUCAGGAAGAUCGACGCAAAAUCAAAAUAUCAACCAUCACCAACAAAACCAUCAUCAUCAUCAACACCAACAACAUUUCGAGCAUCAACAACAACAACAAUGGAAUCAACAACAACAAUGGAAUCAACAACAACAAUGGAAUCAACCACAGCAACAACAAUGGAAUCAACCACAACAACAACAAUGGAAUCAACCACAACAACAAGAAGAACAACAUUUAGAUAAUCAAAUGCAAAAUGAACCUUGCACAAAAAGAAUAAAAUAUUGCAUUUCAUGCAAUGAUAAUAUUUUAUUAGAAACAUGGAUCAUGCAUUGUAGAUCAGAAUUGCAUAGAAAUAAAAGCGAGAGAAUAAUUAAAGAAAACCUACAAUCAACGAGUUCAGGCUUUGAAAAACGAAUUGAGAAGUUCCAAUAUAAAAUAAGCAAUAAUACUCUCGAUUUCAAUGAAGUAAUUCGCAAUUCUGAAAAAUCGAUUAUCGCACUAAUAGAAGACAAGUUAAGCACACAUUAUUUGAUUAAAUUCAAUCUAAAUGUUGUUGGCGAAUAUUUUAAAGAAUCAGCAGAAAGUGAUGCGUUUAAUACCAUAUUCCACAACACCAAAACCACACAAAUCACAUUUUCUGAUGAUGUAGCGGAAAUUUUAAAACAGCAUUUUGAUGAGUUGAAAAAUAAGCUGUCGGAGUUCCAAGAACGUGACUCUGGAUGGGCUCUAUCCCAAUUUAAAACACUCGAAAUAAGCGUUAACAAAUCUUCUCCACUGAAGGGAUCGCAAUAUAUACCAACACCAGCGACGCUUGCAAAGAAGAAAGCAUGCAUCAAUAUUUCGAAUAAUGAUGUGUAUUGUUUCAAAUGGUGCAUAAUUGCCGCAUUCGGAAAUAGGCUUACGAAUGCUGGUAAAACAUCAUCAUAUAAUAUCAGAAAUAUUGCAGAUCCGAUAAUAAUUGUUGAAGAUGGAUUUAGAUUAAAUUUUAGUGGUUGACAAUUUCCAUUAGAAUUGAGAUCAAUAAAAAUAUUUGAAGAAAAUAAUCCAAAUAUAAGUGUUAACGUUUUUGGGUACGAGGAAAAUGCUGUUGUUGGACCAUAUCGCGUCACUAAUAAAGAGAAGCCUAUACAUAUCAAUUUGCUGUUGUUGGAAAACGAAACCAAUUCGCACUACAUACUAGUUAAGGAUACAUCAAGAUUACUGUCAUCACAACUUUCCUCAGGAGGAAAUCAUCUGAAAAUAUGUAAUACAUGUUUUUAUUACACACCAGAUUUGAGACUUUUUGAGGGACAUAAGGAGAAUUGUAGUGGUGUUAUUACACAUUUCCCCAAAGAUGGUAAGAAUAGAUUAGCAUUUGCAAACUACAAGAAGCAAAUGGAUGUUCCCUUUGUAGUGUACGCUGAUUUUGAGUGUGUUUUAAAAGAUACUGGGGGAGUGAGUAAUACCAUAAAUAAGCAUAUUCCAUGCGCUUUUGGUUUUAAUGUAAAGUGUAGUUUUGAUAGUAGUUUAGAUAAAUAUUAUUCUUAUACCGGUGAAAAUGCCG